AUGCCUGCCGACUGGAAGUCCAUCGAGAACAUCGAGCGUCUCUGCGCUGCCAUCAUCGCCUCCAACGGUGGUAAAGUCGACAAUCAAGCUGUUGCCCGUUACUUCAACGAGACGUUUGACGCCAUCGAGAACCGCACUCGCCUCUACAAGAAAGCCGCUCAGAAGCUCGUCGAGGAAGCCGAAGCCGCUGGUCGUAUGGAUCAAAACAUGAAAAAGAGUGCUGCUGGCGGCAGCAAGAAGUCCACUGCCACUCCCAAGAAAGGCACCGCUGCUACUCCUGACUCUGCAGCUGUCAAAUCCGGUCGCGUCACCAAGCGUGCUCCCAAGACUCCUUCCAAGCUCAAGCGUGCUGAGACUGAUGACGAGGAUGAGGACGAGGAGAUGACAGGUACCGCUCCUGCUGUCAAGGAUGAGGAGGUCUAG